GUUAACGUUCCAGGUGGAAACCCGGGACGUGUCGGAGGGUUUGAGUGGGGACAGUGUGCAAGACAGAUCGAUCCAAAACGUUCGAGAGCAGCCGCCGUGACAGAUGAGGGUAAAAGACCCAUCCUCCCGAUGUAAUGGCGAAAUGACAAAAAAAAACAGAAGGCCUGAGAGGUAUCAAGAUGAUGAUUCAUCUGAUGAAGUCGCAGGUUCUACCUGCCAGCAUAUUGGAAGAGCAGUGGAUCUGAUCCAAGUGAAGAAGGCAGUUACUCAAAAUCACUGGUCAGUUUGUGCGGAGUGUGUCAGAAGUUUGAAAGUACAUGAUGAAGUGCCUGAUGUUUCACCAAAUAUUUGUAUGUGUCUGAAAUGUGGUUACCAGGGAUGCAGUCAAAACUCAAAAGAUCGGCAUUCUUUCAAGCAUUUCCAGACUGCGCGCUUGGAUGCACAUUGUAUUGUGAUCAAUUUGGACUCCUGGACUGCUUGGUGCUAUGAAUGUGAUGAGGAAUUAAUAUCGUGCCAUAAAAAGGUUCUUUCACACUUGCUGGAUUUUCUGCAAAGACAUGCUUCUAAGAUCCACUCAGGUUUGAAUUCAAAAUUAAUGAAGGUUUUGGAUGAAAAUUCAGAUAGCAAUGAAACAGAAAGAGGAAAACAUAUGAUCAACAAUGUAGCUGUUCCUGUCAAAGGCCUGUGCAAUUUAGGAAAUACCUGCUUCUUUAAUGCUGUUAUGCAAAAUAUGGCUCAAACCUACAUGCUUAGUGAUCUUAUGCAUGAAAUGAAAGAGAAAGGGACAAAGCUGAAGAUUUGUCCACCCGCUGACUCAAAUUUGGAUCCAUUGAUGAUAACACUUCCUAGCCCUGGAUUAUUGACAUCAGCCGUUUAUUUAUUGCUUCACAGUAUGAAAGAAGCAGGAAAUGGGCCGUUGGUUCCGAGAGCACUUUUCAGUCAGUUAUGUCAGAAAGCACCACACUUCAGAGGGUACCAGCAGCAAGAUAGCCAGGAAUUGCUUCACUAUUUGCUGGGUGCCAUGCGGAUUGAAGAAACUAAGCGCAUACAGAGUGCUAUUUUGAAAGCCUUCAACAAUCCAACAGUCAAAACUGCUGAUGAAGAGACUAAACGAAAAGUUAAAGUAUAUGGUAGAGAAGGUGUGAAGAUGAAUUUUAUCGAUCAGAUUUUUGGUGGAGAGCUGGUCAAUACUAUCAUGUGUGAAGAAUGCUCACAUAUUUCAACUGUUAAAGAGCAUUUUAUUGACCUUUCACUACCCAUUAUCGAAGAAAGGGCAGCCAAACGAGGGUCAUCAGAGAAAAUAAAUAAAACUCAUAAAGGAAAAGAUGUGGAACUUAAGGAAAAUAUUUUGGCUUCAAGUAAGCAGGACACCUGCGCAACAUCUCUUACCGCAAUCAAAUAUAAAACAAAGAGUUCUAAGAAAUCACCAUCAAUAAAAUACAUGGGCCAUGCAAGCAAACAAAGGAUGACAGAAAUGAAGAAAUCAACAGCAGAUGAUGAUGAAGGGAAUUGGCAGGUUUCUGCAGAGCAAAAUAAUGGACACCAAGAAGAGGAGAGUAACCGUACACUCUGUUGCUCUAGUCUAGGAGAAAUCAAUAACUUUAGUCUGUCAGAAGGUAGUGAUAAAGAUGGAAAUCAGUCAGAUGGAAGCAAUGAUGCAGAUACUGAAAUGUCAGAAUCUGAGAAUCGUUCAAAAUCUGUUCAGUCCUUAAGUUGCCACACCAACUCCAAUUUUGAUUUGACAACUAUCAACCACAAACUAUCAAACAGUGAUUUAGUGCAAACUGAACAAGUGGAGUUUAAUUCUAACGAUCCCAUUUCCAGCGCAGUAACAAAACUCAACCUUGGUAGUACCAAAAAUGAAAAUCUAAUAAUUGAUAUUCUUUAUGAGGAACAGACAGACUAUGUUGCAUUCUGCAGUCAAGAUUCAAAGGAGAAAUCUGUAGCUUCAAAAAAAUUGGUUGCAGCAUUUCAAACAUUGUCCCACAACUAUGAACCAAGAUCCAAAGAAUGCUCGCUCCAAUCCUGUCUCAGCCAGUUUACAUCUGUGGACCUCCUCAUGGGUAACAAUAAACUGUUAUGUGAAAGGUGUACGGAGAAAAGACAGAAAUCAUACAAGAAAUCACAUUUAGCAGAGAAGAAGUCAGAACAUGUGUACACAAAUGCUCGCAAACAAAUGUUGAUCUCUGCUGUCCCACCCAUACUAAAUCUUCACCUUAAAAGAUUCCACCAGACAGGUUUGAGUUUGCGGAAAAUUAAUAGGCAUGUGGAUUUUCCUUUAGUUCUGGAUUUGGCGCCAUUCUGUUCUUACAACUGCAGGCCAGGAGAGGUGCUGGAGGAAUGGAGGACAGUAAAGGUGGUACUGUUAUUCAAGAAAAGAGCAAGAGAUGAACAAGGAAACUACAGAAUGUUGGAGAGGAAAACAAGGUGCUGUACAGUCUGUAUGGGGUCGUUGAACACUCUGGAUCUAUGCGUGGAGGACACUAUACAGCAUACGUCCAAGUCAGAGCAGCCAACAAACAAGUAUCUGAUCAUAUUCCUGGAAACAAAAACAUCCCAGGUGUCAGAGAUGCUGGAGCACCAUCAAGGCAGUGGGUUUAUGUCAAUGAUACCCAUGUACAGGCAGUUCCUGAAGCUAGAGUACUCAAUGCUCAGGCCUAUUUAUUGUUCUAUGAACAACUUCUGUGAAAGCAUUGUUUAGGAAGUGUACAUUCAUGCAAAAAAGCUGAUAAUAUUUUCUAAUUUCUAACAACAAUACAAGUGGCUUCUCUAAAUCUUUCAUGUUACUUUUCAUUUAUUUGAAUCAAUUACAAGAACAUCAUGAUUAAAAUUUAUUACAACCAACAAAAGUAACUGCAAAAAAAGUAUGUAAAUCCAGUGAAAAUGUUUACUCACAAAUGAUGCCUUUAAUAUUGUAAUUUUUCUCUGCCCAAAUUUGUAUUUUGACUUACUGAAAUGCAGGCAAUUUCAUUAUGGUCAUUUUCAUUUAACAAAUAUUUUUUCAACUUUAAAAAGAUGCUGCUUUUAUUGCAUUUGUGAAAGCAAUGGCCAUGCACACUCAAAUAUGAGGAAAAUUAUUAUUUAUGUAUUUGAGUAGAAAUAAUUAAAUUUUCAUGUUUCAUUGCUGAUUAUAUUUACUGUCAAAGACAGAAAUAAGAGUAUAGGCUAUAUUGCCUGACAUUGAGUAAUUAUGAAUUACUAUCUGACAGAUUUAUUUUUUUAAGGAAAUGAUUUGAUUCAUUGGAAGCCCAUUUCACUUCAAAUAUGAUCUCUACCUUUGAUGAAACCAUUGUCGCAGUUUUUGAAUUCUAAUACAUUACAGUUCCAAGAAUGAACAGAGUAUGAGGAAUGUUGUGCAUUUAAGAUAUUAUAUUGAUGUUAAUUCACACAAAACAUAAUACCGGAAAGGCACACUGCUGUUUAAUGCACUGAAGGUCUUUUUCAGUACCCAUGCAUUUUUUUUCUUGAAUUAACUUGCAGUUUCAUCAUGCCAUUUAUUUAUGUAUUUCUGUUCGUAAUCCUUAUCGAAAGCUCACUAUGAUAAAUAUAUUUCAUCCUCAAGGAUAUUUUAAUAAAUAAUCAUGUCCGAGCAUGAGUAUUUUGAAUUAUUAAACAAUAUAUCUAAUAAGUUCAAUUUUUUCAACUGCAAGUUAUAUUUUAAAGAAAAUUCUUAAAAUGUUGUAUUACAAAAAGAAGAUACAAGGCCAUGUGAAGAAGA